AUGUUUGACUUGGUUAUUUACGGAGCAACUGGCUUUACGGGAUCUUACAUUGUUGAACGACUUGUAACUUCAAGCUUAUUCAAGGAUGUCAAGUUUGCUGUGGCAGGACGUAGUGAAUCGAAGCUUCGCAAAGUUUUGAGUGAUGUUUCUGAUAAGACAGGCAUAAACAUCCGCAGCACUACUAUCAUUGUAGCUGAUACCAAGGAUGAGCAAAGUUUAAUUGAUAUGGCCAAACAAACAAAGGUUGUCUUAAACGCCGUCGGACCAUAUCGACUUCAUGGGGAGCCAGUUGUGAAGGCUGCUGUCGAGAAUGGAGCUUCUCACGUAGAUAUUUCUGGGGAACCCGCAUUCCUGGAAAAAAUGCAAGAAAAGUACAACGAGACAGCCAAGAAGAACAAUGUUUACAUUGUUGGAGCAUGUGGUUGGGAUUCCAUUCCAUGUGAUUUGGGAAUAAACUUCCUCAAGAACAAUUUCAAUGGAGAUUUGAACCAUGCUGAAACAUUUGUCCAAUUAGAGAAUGGACCAGAGGGCUACGCAAUUAAUGCUGGAACUUAUCAGACACUGAUUUUGGGAAUUAGUGAAUCUGCUAAGGAUGGAUUAGGUGCCAUUCGUCGUAAGAUUAUGCCAGUGAAGACUCCCCGUUCCACAAUUAAAGCUCCCAAGCGGUCUGCUUUCUGGAAAAUCGAUCAUCCAGAAAUCUCAGGAUGGGCACUUCCAUUCAUGGGAUCCGACAAAUCAGUUGUUCAGAGAUCUCAAUACUUCGGAUAUGUUCUCGACCAAGAUCGUCCAGCUCAAGUAGAAACAUAUCUUCGAAUUUCUUCACUCCUCUGGGCUAGUCUCUUCACUGUCUGGAUUACCAUCUUCUUCUUCCUCUGCCAGUUUAAGCCAACCAGACAGUUCCUCCAAAAAUACCCAGACUUGUGUAGUUUCAAUCUCUUCAAGAAUGCCGGACCAACUAAAGCCCAGAUGGACGGAGCUAGCUUCACUUACUGGCUUAUCGGAACUGGAUACAGCUCUAAGAAGUCUGCUGAUGAACAACACACUGAUAAACCAGAUAGAAGAGUAGCCGCUAAGUGCACUGGACCAGAUUGCGGAUACUAUGCCACUUCAGGCUGUAUCCUCUCAUCAGCUUUGACUUUAAUCAAGGAUCGUCAAUCUCUUCCAGCUGAUGGAGGAGUUUAUACCACAGCAGCUGCAUUUGGAAAGUCGAAGAUUUACGAGUAUUUAUCUUCUUUCGGAGUAAAGUUCGAAGUUGUUAGCGAAAAAACAUUGAAGAACGACCAUUAA